UGUUUAAUUCUUCUGGGCAUCUCUCUAACAAACAAGUAUUCUUUAGAGCUCAACUCAAUAAUCAAUACAAUUUUCUUAGUUUACAGAGCAAAUAAUUACUUUCUGGGAUUACUUCAUAAGGCCAGGGAGAUGUAUAUAUAUAGUGCGGAGAGAGAAGACUGAGAACCAUCUACGCAACUCCAGUCACAUCUUUGCAAGUAGCAGACUAUACGACCAUCUCUACUAUGAAGACAACACAAAGCGUUGCCCUUCUUGGGCUUGUGCUUCUCAGCUGCCUUUCUGAUAUUGUUAUUGCUCGACAAAGGGCCUCCUGCGGCAUGUACCGCUUGUCUACGAAAAUGCAGCUUGCCUGUCCCCGCAACUACGAACCCGUCUGCGGGACCGAUGAUGUGACCUACCCCAACGAGUGCUCCCUCUGCAGAGAAAUCUUCCUUAACCGAGCCAUCGACAAGAAGCAUGAUGGAAGAUGUGUUAAGCUCGACUGUACCGGCCACCUGAAAGCCCGCAAUGGUCAUGAGACUCCCUGCACCCUGGAGUACAUGCCUGUCUGUGGCACCAACGGAGUUACCUACACAAACCGCUGUAGUUUCUGCAAUGCUGUGGCGAAUGGAGUGGACGUAAACCUGCGCUACAUUGGAGAAUGCUUCGAGGAGAUUGACUGCAGUGAACACAAGGGUAAAAAUCUCAUCUGCACCGCCGAGUAUGACCCCCUUUGCGGCUCUGAUGGCAGAACUUACGGAAACAAGUGCCAAUUCUGCAAUGCAGUUUCGCUUAGCCGGGGAACUCUGGCCCUCAAACGCCGUGGUGAAUGCUGAGUGCUGGAGCCAUACCCUUUGCCCUGACUUUUCCCUUACAGAUCCUGCAAUCAAACACACUCUUCCCUGCUCCCUUGACCAUCAUGCAUUGGUCUCUGCUUUGAUUGAUCAAUAAAUUAA